AUGUUAGUAUCUUUAUUGCACUUAUUCCCUGAUUUCCUUUUAGGGUUCUUGCAUCCUUCAACAAGUACAUCAAAUGAUAAAAUUUCUUGUAUACCAACAGGUCCUGGUAUUCAAGGGUUCAGCGCAAGAUUUUUCCCAUAUCCUAUUGAUUCUACUCAGGCAACUGAUAGUAACUUUUAUAUCCAACAAGAUUAUAUGCUUAAUUCCCCAAUUGGUGCUUCCGACGGUAUUAUUGAUCCGAAUUAUUAUGUUAGACCAUGUAUCCAAAAUCUAUAUACAUUAACUUGUCCUUUAUCAUCUAGUUUAACUUCUGUUGGUAGUAACCUUUUAGUCUGCGGUUCUCGCGCUUGUCAAAAUACGGAUGAUCAGUCUGUCGGUAAUAUUGACAUGUUUGGGUUUAGUACCACAGUUUCAAAUAUUACUGUUGAGCUUUCUGGUUAUCUAUAUACUCCGCAGACAGGAAAUUAUGUCUUUUCUUUAAACAAUAUCGAUGAUGCAGCAUCAAUUACUGUUGGUUCAACAGUCGCAUUUGAUUGUUGCGCCCAGUCUGAUCAAAAUUUUGGCUCAGUGUACUACAGUGAUGUUAUUAGUCUUAAGCCCAGCACUUAUUCUGCACCAACUGUUUCAUCUAAUAUUUUCUUAAGGGCAGGUAAUUAUUACCCAGUGAAAAUUGUUUAUGUAAAUAUGAAAUCGGUUGCACGUUUGGGAACAUCAUUAACAUUACCAGAUGGAACAGUAGUUUCAAACUGGGGUUCUAUGGUAUAUUCCUAUAUGGAUGACACGUACGAAUCGUCGUCCAUAUGUAUCGCAGGAACGGACUUUUCGACGAAUGGACCGACCAGCACAUCUUCAUCAUCACCACUAUCAUCUAGCCUCUAUUCAUUAAUGAGUUCUGCUAAAAGUUCAAUAUCGAAGUCGUCAAUUCCGUCGAGCAGUACAUCAAGCAGUUCACCAAGUAGUUCUAGUUCUGAUGGUUUGAUGAGUACAAAGCAAAUCGCUAGCACAACUAUGGCAAUAUCCAGUUCGAGUUCCAAUUCUACCACUUUCCCUUCGUUGAACAGUACAUUCCUGCAAAUAUCUACGGUUACAUUAAGUAACAUUAGUACAAGUGUUUUGUACAACAGUACUAUGCGAAACACCUCUGGCUCUGAAACAAGUUUGUCUAGCAGAUUUACUUCGCUCUCACCAGAGGACAAGGCACGGAACUCUAGUGCUUCUGGCUCGUAUUCAAUGAGUGGUAGUAGUAGAUCUGUUGUGACCCUAAGUCCAUCAGAUAUGAUGUCUGGGUCCUACACCUCCAAUUCCUCGAUGGUAACUGAUUCCAACGGUUCGUCUUACUACAGUUCAAAUAUUAAGUCUGAUAAGGUAAGUGAUAUGUCGUAUUCUAGCGGUGGUUCAGAUGUAUCUAGUUUUGCAGAGUCGACCAUUUCGACUUUGAAUGGUGAAGUUGUAUCUAGUGAUUCAGUAUUGACCAUGAGUGAGAGUGAGCUUGGCCGCCCUGUUACAUAUAUUGAAAAUACUACGGUUGUGUCUAUCAUGAAGAGUAUUUCUACGAUUGAAAUACCCAAAACCGUUACAACUGAAUCAACAAUGAACUGGACUAUAGUUGCAGCUACUACCCAAACAAUAGAUUAUGAUAGUUCGAUAAAUUUCGAUCUAACCAAUAGCCUAACAGCUAGUGAUCCGUACAGUGACUCGUUUUCUUUUGUGGAUACCAUAGAGGGUUCGAAUAUUGAGAAACCUACUGACAUUUCUCAACAAUCAAAUAUAUAUAAUAUACCAUCAACAAUGACAACAUCUAUGAGUGGCGAAGUUUCAAAUACUAACAUGGUAGAUUAUCAACCCUCAGCCAGUGGCAUUUACUUAUCGUCAGCUGGAGGGUUUUCACUUUAUCAUACAAACGGAGUCUCAUCAAAUACCGAAACUCCUUAUACACAGAUCAUUCACUAUAGUAAUAGUAGUUUGGUUACUGUUUCAACAUUGUUACCGCAAUCCUCAAUUAUAUCUAUGAAUUUGGGCUAUUCAGAAGCAAGUAUACCUACCAUAUCUCCAACUUCAAUAGAUUAUGCAGGUUCAGUAGUUACCAAGAUUAACGAAUUAACUACGACCGAUCACGUAUACACACCAUCGACCUACAAAAAUAAUGAUAUAUCUUCUACAUUUGAUCAUGCGAAAAUGACGUCAUCAUCAAUUAUAACUGCUAAACUCGUGCCAUCAUCCACACCGAAAAAUAGCUUCACUACUACUGAAGAAAUUUCAACUUCAUUUAUAGUCUCAAAAUACGACUCAAUUUCGUUCUCGAAAGAAACCAUAGAAAAUGUUGUCACCAUAUCCUUCACUGAGGAAUAUACAGUAAUUUCUGUUGUUCCAACUAGAACAAUUAUGCCCAGCCAAGUGAUCUUAUCUGAUUCAUCAGGUAUUGUUUCGAACGACGAGAAUAUUUCAAAAUCAACUCCAAUUUCACAUGUAUCAAAUUCAGCUGCUCAAACUAAGCAACAUGCAUUAUUAUCCUCCAAUAGAAAUGACAAUCAAUAUACAACUUCAAUUGGAAUUUCUGAAAAUCCUACCCCAGAAAUACAACAACGUACUACAUUAUCCGGAACUCAAAACUUACUUCUAAGCUCUAAAUCAAUCAGUUCGUAUAGUGCUAGUUCAAGUAUCGAAGCAAACCAUAAUACUGAGAAUUACAGAACCGAAUCCUAUGACUAUGUAUCAAAGAAGCCAUCAAUAAUAUCUUUAGUCAUGGCGUCAGGUAUAAAAUCUAUUGAUGAUAAUGCCUCGAUUAGUUCAUUAUCAUCGGAUAUUGAUCCAAGCAGCAAGAAAACUUCAUCUAAUGCUAUUCCCACAAAUUCUUUAGCAGCUGAUACUAAUUCUGGAAAAAUAGAUCCAACAAUUUCGAUUGAAGCAAACACAAAUAGUAUUACAAUGGCCCAAAUCGCCUCAUCAACUCCCAUAAUUCUAAGUUCAAAUACAAACUCAAAAUCCACAUUAAAUGAUGGUAAUUACCCAUCAUUAGCUUCUAAUAAUGAUCCUUCAGUGUCUACGUAUCAUGGAAGUGGGUCGACACUAAACAUUAACUACAUAUUUAGCACAAUUUUAGUAUUACUAAACUUUAUGGUUUAG